CGGAACACGCUAGUGGAGCGGAAGAUGGCGGCGGUUGCGGCGGAUGCUGCCGGGACCCCAGUUUGGCUGAGGCGGAGAAGCCGCCGGCUCUGACCUCGCUCUGGCUCCAGUGCGUGCGGCGGAGCGUGUGCGAGGCCCCGUGCGGCGGGCAGGGGCUGUGGUGGCCAGUGCGCGCCGCCCCGAGGAACGCCCCGGCGGCGCUGCUGCGGCGGCUGAGGAGAGAGCCGGCUCCGGGCCUCGGCGUCCUCCGGUGCCCCGGGCCCCGCGCCUCCUCGGGGGGGCGGCGGCGGCGAUGUUCUCGGUCUUGUCGUACGGGCGGCUGGUGGCCCGCGCCGUCCUCGGCGGCCUGUCGCAGACCGAUCCCAGGGCGGGCGGCGGCGGCGGCGGUGGCAGCGGCGACUACGGACUGGUGACGGCGAGCUGCGGCUUCGGCAAGGACUUCCGUAAGGGCCUGCUUAAGAAGGGCGCGUGCUACGGGGACGACGCGUGCUUCGUGGCCCGCCACCGCACGGCCGAUGUGUUGGGAGUUGCAGAUGGUGUUGGAGGAUGGAGAGACUAUGGCGUGGACCCAUCUCAGUUCUCAGGGACUUUAAUGCGAACAUGUGAGCGGUUAGUAAAAGAAGGACGCUUCAUUCCUAGCAAUCCUGUCGGGAUUCUCACCACGAGCUACUGUGAAUUGCUGCAAAACAAAGUACCUUUGCUGGGUAGCAGCACAGCCUGCAUUGUGGUACUGGACAGAAGUAGCCACCGCUUGCAUACAGCAAACCUGGGUGACUCGGGCUUCCUGGUGGUCCGGGGCGGCGAAGUCGUGCACCGAUCUGAUGAACAGCAGCAUUACUUCAACACUCCAUUCCAGCUCUCCAUCGCACCACCUGAGGCUGAAGGGGUUGUCCUGAGUGACAGCCCGGACGCUGCUGAUAGCACGUCUUUUGACGUCCAGUUAGGUGACAUCAUCCUUACGGCAACAGAUGGGCUUUUUGACAACAUGCCUGAUUAUAUGAUCCUUCAGGAGCUGAAGAAACUGAAGAAUUCAAAUUACGAGAGUAUACAGCGGACGGCAAGAAGCAUUGCUGAGCAGGCACAUGAGCUGGCCUAUGACCCAAAUUAUAUGUCACCUUUUGCACAGUUUGCAUGUGACAAUGGACUGAAUGUGAGAGGUGGAAAACCAGAUGAUAUCACUGUCCUCCUCUCAAUAGUGGCUGAGUACACGGACUGAUUGGCCACGCUGGCAACUCCUGCCUUUCCCUGUCACCCCAUUUUUCCCUGCCAUGUGUGCUGAUCCUGCUGGCAGGACCACAUUUCUUUGCCACUGAUUUCAGUGGCCAAUGCCGGAUGCCUGGCCCUUGUUUGAGACCCAUUGAGAUCCUUGUUGAGAACCACUAUUGUCAUCCACUAGCCCAGGACCUGCUGGUGACCACCAAGAGAAGCUCGGUGACUGCUCCCUUCUCCUGGAGGGGUUCAAAGCCUUUUACCUUUCAAAAGCAGUUGAAGUUUUGAAAAUAAGUAAUGUUGGUAAAGUGAAUUCAGAAUUUCAGUGUGUUAAAGGGAUGUAUCAUCCAACAGACAGUAAAUAGUGAUGUCAUACUGGAAAACACACAACCCUCCCAGGAGGAGCCUGUGCCCACAGGCGCAGUCUGCCAGACCUGCCAUGGCUUUGUGUUUUCUGUAUAAACUCCUGUUUCCCAGGAGUUCACAUCCUGCUCCAAACCUGUGCUGGGUUCUGACACUCAACCCUAGCAGCUUACAGUUUUGAUGACAAAUUGGAAGAAAAUUUUCAUUCUUUGGAUGCAGAUAUUUUAUGCUUUUUAAAAAGAUGCUUAAUUGUGCUCCUGUGAUUGAAGCUAUGGCAGUUACUGAUUUUCCAUGUCACAGGCUCGAGGCCUGGUCCACAGGAGGGACAGAGGAAGGAGACUCUACCAAAAUCUAUUCCCAGAAAUGUAAUGCAAAAUUACAAAACUCAUCAAAGCCUGAGAAUCAAAUGCUGAAGCUGAAGUCUUCUGUGCUGCCUGUGAGAAUGCCACGGGCCUUCCCGGCCAGGCAAAAGUAUGCAGCUGCAGCUUGGAAUGGGGUUGGCUUUGGACAGCCUCACUCCUUCCGUCCCUCAGGAGCUCACACCCUUAGAGCGUGCCCCAACUGUGCUGUGUCCUCAAGGUGACAGCGUGGUGGCUGCAGCACACAGAGUCCACAGGAAAGCUAGUGAUGACCUGACGUUCGCAGUGACCCCAGCUGAGUGUGGGGUUCUGAGUCCAGCUUAAUGUUUACAGUUCCAAUAGCCAUUUGCAGUAGGUGACGUUCCUUCUCAGACUUUCCCAUUACCUGCAAGCGCAAACUUACUUUUAAGGUUUAUGUACAAUUGACUGCUGUAAAGAUAUAUAUUUUUUGGUCCGUUCUUUUCCUUCUUUAACUUGGUGGUAGAAAACCAUAUAUACUUAGAAGCCCUUAAAUUAAAGCCGUGUUUUCUGUGUAAGUCAGGUGAUGUUGGUGUGAAGAGCACGUGAGCAGUCGCACAGCCCUUCCUCUGCAGGAGACACUGGCUCCCUGGUUACUGCAUUGAACUUGUGUUUGAGGUUACCUCAACUUGUUUUUAAAAGAUUUUGUCUGUGAGUUUGUAUAUUUGAGUAGCUGUCUCUUGUUUUAUUUAAAUUGUUUACCAUGUACCAUGUACAUGUCAUUGCUGUAUCUCAGUGCAUCAUGCUUGUAACAGGCAUUUUGUUUAUAAGAAUGAGUUACUCAUUUGUAAGCUGUUCAGUAAUUUAUCUACUAUUCCUAAAUUGGCAUAAUGUUAGAUUCCUAUUUUGAAUCACCUUUAAUUACAUGUCAGAAUGCCUUAACUACCCUAACCUGACAACACUGAGUUCUUUGGUGAGGAGAUACAGGGGCCGGGUAUGGAGGGAGACUGGGAUAAAGAGAUGUCAUGCUCUGUUGAUGACAGAGCAUGAGGGGCACUGGUGGGUAUUUAUUUUGCACAAACUCUUGGCAGUGUCUGUGUUUAGAACAGUAAGGUUGUAUCCAGACGGGGUGUGUGGCCCUAGGACUGACUACUCCAACUCUUUUCUGUGGUUUAUAAUUAGUUUCUGGUCAGAUGUAUUGUAGCCUUACAAUCUGGAUAUAUUUUUGCAUUAAUUUUCCAAUGCCAACAUUUAAUUCCUGCUAGGAGCAGAGCUGGUCAAGUCACUGGCUUUUUUCUGCUCUUACUUAACCCAUCAAGCAGUCUUUCUAAAGGUAGAUCGGUGUAUUUUCUACAACUCACUUUUCUGAGCAGUGGUUGUUAGACGUGGACAGUGCGGCUGUUGUAGUGCACUGGAAACCAUGGGGCAGCAUUGAGAUUCAGACUGAAAAUUACUUUGGGCCUGGUGCAUGGACUAGUGACAUUACAUAUUCCACUUGCUCCACCCCUGUCCUUUUUCUUACACACUUAAUUUUAUGGCUGUCAGAAGCCAGGUGGAGGAGUGCUGCCUCUCACUCCCCAUGGCCAGGGGCUCUGCCACACACCCCUCACCAGAUCCUCUUUGGAACCUGGUGUGUGCGUGCAUUGUAUUUUAAAUCAAGCAAUGUAAGCACUCAUAUUUGUCUCACGGAGUGAACUUUUAUAACAAAAGAGAAAUUUGGGUUUUAAUUUACAAAUGGCAAAUUAUUUAUCCCUCUCUGGAUGCACCAAAGACCAGUAAAGUUUAUAGCUUUUCCAUCUAUAUUUAUAAAGCAAUACUGUAUUAUAAAAAAAAUCACUAUUUUUAUCACAUGCUUGAAAUUUUUAUUUUGUUCUGUUUUAAAAAUGUGCACUCUAAACAUAUCAGAACCUUAUUUCUUCCUAUGAACUUAAGCUGCCUGCGCACAAGAAAGAAAUAAGAUUACCAAAUGGAGGUGAAAUAGCUAGAGUCCCUAGGCUCUUAAAAAUUGAAAGAAAUGAGGGCGAGAACAAGUUAUUUGUCCUGAGUUACUGUAUAAGCUUGACUUGGUUGGUCGGUUACUAACUCACAGAGAAUCCAUUCCAGGUGUGCGUGUCUGGGUUGGGCUGUGUCUGGAGUAGAGACUGAGUAUGAGCUUUCUGAGGCAGGAGAGUGCCCUUUUCUGCUGCUGUCCUUGUUGUGGAUAGAGGAGGCAGCGAGACCUCACAGGGCUGCCCUCCUGGUGAGUGUUGUGGAGGUGGCCAGCAGGAUUGGGUAGGGCUGUCUGUACAUGUUUAUACUUUGGGUAGGUUCAUGGCUCCUUGUCACUGUCCACCAACUAUCUUCGGCAAAGUUAGAACAGUUUCUCUGGAGACUGUCACAGUUUUGUGUUUAAAAAAUUUUGCGAUACUAAGAAAAAAACUGCUUAUAAAGCAAAAUAUGAACCAGAAGACAUUUGGAUUCUAUUUCUUUCAAAAAGUAAAUUUAUCACAAAAUUGAAUUUCUCAACUAAAGCGGUGUCCAUGUCAAAAUGUAACUGUUAGCAGGUAGUUUGUGGCAAAAGCGACUAAGUGAUGAAGCAAAUCUGAAUCCAUGUGUACUAAUGAGCUGUGUUUUCUGUUGAGACUAUCAUUGUUUGUCCUACAAGAGGCAAUGACCUGAAUCGAUGUCUGAAAUAUAACUUAUGCAGGAAUAGUUCUGUAAAUACAUUUAAAUAAACUGUAAAGAUAUUUAAUAAAUAUAGUAUUUA